AGCCGGGAAACUUGAUUUCCCGGCCUUUCCCGGCUAUACGGCGAAGGAUUUCUCCGCACCCCUCAAGACACGGGGAGAGGCGAGGGACGCGGCUUGGAAAAUAAAGGUCGGGGGGAAUGACAUGGUGGCUGGUCGGAUGAGGUGUGGAGUUCUUCGCUUUUCGCACAGACCGGCGAGCGAGCGCAGGCAACUAGGAAGCUGUUGCAGAAGCGGGCGGCCGAGCGAGCGUCUGCUCCCGCCCCACGUGAAUACGAGGCUGGAUUAAAAUGUAGGCGCGCAAGCAUACGGAGCACACAGCGCACUCCGCGCUGCGUUGAGGGGGCAACCGCGGGCGAGGAGGGCUGGAAAAGAAACGCCUUGCAAGCCGUGGAGAAGACUCCAGAGACAGCACCAAGGGAGCCGUGAACGGUUGCCGAGACAGGCGGUCGCCGGUUUACAGUUGGCCAUGGGACCGGGAGGGAAGCUCGGGCUGGGUUGGGGGGGAAAUGGACGGAGGCCGUAGCCCCCUUCUGAGAGCGGGGGACGCCCAUGACUGAGGAAGCAGAGGGACUCGCCGCAAGGUGUGCUUAGCGCCACCCGAGACUCGAGGCUCCCAUCGCGCCGGGACUGAACCGUCUUCAUUCUCGUGCAGAGGAGGCUUCUUUUCGCCGAACGCGAGUUUCGGCGUUUCUCUCAGCCGAUGCCGAUAUCACGUCCGGAUUUGGCUGCCGGGCUUUGCCUUUUCCGCCGGCGGGGCUGCGGGGUUUUUGCAAAAGUUGCCUUUCGCACCUCCUCCUCCUCCACCACCGGGGCUGCUUUCCACCAUGUGCGCCAACGUCGUUUACGAAUGGUUGAAGACCCUGAAACUCACCCAGUAUGCCGAGUCUUUCGUGGAUAAUGGCUAUGACGACCUGGAGGUGUGCAAGCAAAUCGGGGAGCCGGACCUGGAUGCCAUCGGGGUGUCGCUGCCCCAGCACAGGCGGCGCCUCCACGAAGCGGUGCGGAGGCUGAAAGAGGAAGACGAGACCACCGCCGGCCUCUACUUCACCUUGGAGCCGCAGCCCCUUCGGCGGGGCUCGCCGGGACCCGACAUCUACACCAGCCGCCUGGUGGAGCCGCGCGAAGCCAAGAUGUGGAAGGACCCACCUCAUCAGACGCCCCCGACGGGUUACUCUCGGGGGGCGCCGCGGAAAAUGGAACUCAACUCCAAGGAGUUGAUCACUUACCCCAAGCUCAGACUGAAAAUCAUGAUUAGGGAUAAACUCAUCCGGGAUGGGAUCACUCUCAGCAAGCCCCCUUAUUCCAGCAAGGAUGGCUCACUGGGCAACAUUGAUGAUCUGGCUCAACAAUAUGCAGAUUACUAUAAUACCUGUUUUACCGAUGUAUGUGAAAGGAUGGAAGAACUGCGUAAACGAAGGGUAUCUCAAGACCUUGAUAUGGAGAAAUCUGAUGCCAGCUCCACAUCCCUACAGCUGCAAUCCCAGAUUGAAGAAUCCCUUGGCUUCAGCAGUGUAGCAUCCACACCAGAAAUAGAAAGAAAAUUCUCUCUUCAUAAAUCAAGUUCUGAAGAAAGUGCAGUUGGUAAAGUAGAUUGGAAAAAGAAGAAUAAAUACUUCUGGCAAAACUUCCGAAAGAAUCAGAAGGGACUAAUGAGGCAGUCUUCAAAAGGGGAAGAUGUUGGUUAUGUGGCAAGUGAAAUCACAAUGAGUGACGAGGAGCGGAUCCAGUUAAUGAUGAUGGUCAAGGAGAAGAUGAUUACGAUUGAGGAAGCUCUUGCAAGGCUUAAAGAAUAUGAAGCUCAACAUCGGCAAUCAGGAAACAUGGAUGCAUCUGAAUGGUCUGAUAGUCCUUAUCCGACAUUUGAUGUUUCUUCCAAUUGCAAUUCAAGAGAGCAAUCAGAUGAUGAAUCAGAAGAAUCAGUGAAGUUUAAGAGACUGCAUAAAUUGGUCAACUCAACUCGCAGAGUGAGAAAGAAAUUAAUCCGAGUGGAAGAAAUUAAAAAGCCCAGCACUGAAGGUGUGGAUGAUCACUCCUUUGACACUCCCGCAGGACCAGAUGGUAGACCAGCACUUUACUCUGGAAUUCACAAGAAACAAUUCGUUUUGGAUCAUUCCUCUGAAAAACAGCCAGAUAAUGAAAAUGAUUCACUGACCUUAUCUCCGUCAUCCAGUAGCCUGGACACUUGGGGUACAAACAGGAAGUUGCUUAAGACCUUCAGUAAAUCUGAUAGUCGUGGCCUUAUAAAACCCCCCAAAAAACUUGGGACAUUCUUUUCUUAUCCAGAAGAGGAUAAAAUACCUAAAGUUUGCCGUUCUUUAACCGAUGGAGAAAUGAAGAACCUUGGCUCUCUCAGUCAUGGGGUAAGUAAAGAAAGCAUUUGCUUUUAUGACAGCAGGUGCAAGCAUCAUGUCCUGGUAUCUUUGGAGGAAAUCCAGAGUGUCAGGAAGCAGAUCCGGUUAAAAAAGGCAGAUCCUAAUUAUUCAUGUUCUAGAGCUUUUCUCUGUCAGCGUCCUGCUAGGAAAGGUGUAUCGCCUUCCAUCUGCGAUCUGCAGCUGCUUCAUCACAAACCCAAGAGGCUAGGAAGAGGUGGAAGCUGUGGCUUCUCAAACAGAAGGCUUCGAGGGUGCAAUUCAGUCAGCGAGUUCAAUAUCACCUAUGUGGUGGAAAGAAGCCUGUACAGUCACCUCAACCUAUCGCAUCUGGUGCGGCCCGUGACUGACAGAACCUUGAGCAAAAGUGAAGAACAGGAGUUGAGGCGGUGCCUACUGGAGGAAGAGGCGGCGGCAAAGAGGAAGUGGGCUUCCACAGUCGAUCGCUGUACAAAAAGGGUUCUUUUGAGAAUCCACCAAAAGUCUAGAACCUGCAGCUUUGGUGGUUUUGAUUUGGCAAAUCGCUCACUGCACAUUGGAAACAGUUCAGAUCAAAUUGGAAAAGAUGGUGAUUUUGUCUACAAAGAAGUGAUCAAAUCCCCUUCGACUUCGCGCAUCUCCCUGGGUAAGAAGGUGAAAUCUGUAAAAGAAACCAUGAAGAAAAGAAUGUCUAAAAAAUACAGCAGCAGCAACUUGUCAGAGCAGGAACCCAGUCUGGAUGUAAGGCCAGAGUCACUUCAGGCACCACAACCAGAUACUGAUACUUUGGAUAAACCAAAGUUGAAAGCUGGUGGUUCAGUAGAAAGUUUGCGCAGUUCCCUCAGUGGCCAAAGCUCCAUGAGUGGGCAGACGGUAAGCACAACUGACUCUUCCACCAGCAAUAGAGAGAGUGUCAAGUCUGAGGAUGGUGAUGAUGAGGAGCUUGCGUACCGAGGGCCUUUCUGUGGUCGUGCCAGGGUUCACACUGACUUUACCCCCAGCCCUUAUGAUACGGAUUCUCUUAAACUCAAGAAGGGUGAUAUUAUUGAUAUAAUUAGCAAGCCUCCCAUGGGUACCUGGAUGGGUCUUCUGAACAAUAAAGUUGGUACUUUCAAAUUCAUCUAUGUGGAUGUGUUAAAUGAAGAGGAAGAAAAGCCUAAAAAGCCCACAAGGAGGCGCCGAAAAGGAAGAUUACAGCAACCCAAAUCUGUUGAGGAUCUUCUUGAUCGCAUCAAUUUAAAGGAAUACAUGCCAACCUUUCUGUUCAAUGGCUAUGAAGACUUAGAUACCUUCAAGCUCUUGGAGGAAGAAGAUUUGGAUGAGCUCAACAUUCGAGAUCCAGAGCACAGAGCUGUUCUCUUGACAGCAGUGGAGCUCCUGCAAGAAUAUGACAGUAAUAGUGAUCAGUCGGGCUCUCAAGAGAAACUCCUUGUAGAUGGCCAAGACCUCAGUGGAUGUUCUCCCCGAGAUUCAGGAUGCUACGAAAGCAGUGAAAACCUGGAGAAUGCUAAAAUACGGCAGCCUUGUCUCCUGCCGUCAAAAUUAGCCAGUGAAUAUCAUUUUAAGGAUUUCCACCGAAACCCACUGGCGAAUUUUCCAAAUCUACCCUUAAUUAAAUCAACGGAAGCUUAUCAGCAAGAAAAGAAAACCCAGUUCAGCUGCGUGCACCCAAUCUCCAAAAACCGUCUCAAGCUGCCAGCAGCUAUGGAUCUCAAAAAGAAAGGUAGAAGUUUGCCAGUUGGUGUCUGCCGAAGCUGGGAAGUUUUAGAAAGAGCCCCAAAUAUGCCAACAUGGCCAAGAUCCCAUUCUCUUGGAGACCUUCAUGGAAAUAUUGGCACUGGUAGUAUAAAAUCAGUGGAUACUUCACCUCUGGAUUCGUCAAAAAGAUCAACUGAGUCUGAAGGUGGUGGACAGAUGAUAAAACUGUUGUUGGCUAAUCAAAGAAAAGAGGUUGUUGACGCCCUUAAGGGGAAGAGAAAGGAAUUCCACUUGUCAGCAACCAUGCCUUCUACAAAAAUGUUCCCUCAGCGUUUGCCCGAGAACUGUGAUGCUCGGACAUCUUCCCUGUCAUAUGGUAUGACCUGGACACCUUUUGAAAGUUGUAAAAAAAGCACUCAUGAUCUUGGAAGAGCUAAUAUUUCUAUCUCCAAAGAAAAUGUGGAAACUGAUCAGAAGGACAUGAGUGAAGUAAAAAUGCUACCCAAAGUGUCUUCACAACCACCGCCAGUCCCUGCAAAAAAAAACAGAGAACGCAUUUCUAAUGGACACUGUCAUCUGCCCUCAACUCUUUCUUGUUCAGAUGUUCCGUCUUUGCCAGCAAAAAAAGUUACCCUACAGAGUUCUUCCAGUUCCCAUGAACUGACUGCGUGCAGAACAUUUCCUGAUCAGGAACCCAAAAGUCCUUCCAGCAUAAGGCCUCCUUGGUUGUCCGAUCUUCCAGAAAUAGCUAGUGUCCAGCAACAUGUGUUCAAACUAGAUCCUUCUUCAGUAAGGAAGAUAUCGUGUAAUAGAGGACUGGAUCUUGAAAUGUUGAUAGAAAAUAAGCUGCAGUCUGAAGAUAUUGAUCUUACAGAGGAGCCCUAUUCUGAUAAGCAUGGCCGUUGCGGGAUUCCUGAACCUUUGGUGCAAAGAUAUGCUGAAGACUUAGAUCACCCUGAAAAGGAUGUUGCUACAAACUUGGAUCAAGUACGAGUGAAGCAGUUGAGAAAGCAGCACCGCAUGGCGAUUCCAAGUGGUGGCCUCACUGAAAUUUGCCGAAAACCUGCAUCACCUGGAAAUAUCUCUUCCAUAACUGAUUGGCUAGUUUCUGUUGGCCUCCCAAUGUACUCAGUCUCUCUCAGAGCUGCAGGAAUCAAUGACUUAAGUAAAGUGCCUUCUCUGUCACAAACUUCACUUCAUGAGGCUGGCAUCACUGAAGAGAGGCAUAUAAGCAAGCUUUUAACAGCAGCAAGACUUCUGAACCCAGAGACAAUUUAACCCUGGAAUAUAGUAUCUUUUCUGUUGGAAAACCUAUCAUUUCUUUUAAAAGCAAUUUCAUCAUUAAUUGCCCGCGAAAAAGCUUUGGGAACAGGCAAAUCUGGUCCUGGACAAGGCUGGAGUUUCAUCCCUCUUCAUAUAAAACUUUAGUUUCAGCUGCCCACAUGGAAGUAUUUUUGCCCUCAAAGAAAAGGCACAAGCAAUAGUUUUCAUUUGCUAAGGGCUCUUAGCCUUGUUUUUGGCCAUUACAAAACAGUUUUACAUUCUUGAAAAGUCAAUAGCAAACAUCUUCAGGUUUUGGGGAAAGGGGAUAGCAAAUUGUAGCUCUCUAGAUACUUUGGUUCUAUUCAAAGGCUAAAGCGUAGCUAACCGUUAAGGAUUUUUAAUUCAAAUUUAUAUAUUCUACUGAGGGAAAAUGUAACCACAGCAAAUGUAUUAAAGAUUAGAUCUAUUCUAAUAGAGGUUCCUUUCACAUCCUUUCCAUUUCAGUAAUUUAUAUAAAAAUAUAUUAAUAAAGCUCUACCUUUCCAAUAUAGUUUCCUAGAAGGUGGAACUGGAGGUCAGAGCUGAGGAACACAUAGCUUUUGAAUUUCCCCAUAAACAGAAAAUGAGGCAUGGAUCAACAGGUGAGGGCCACAGAUUUCCAUCCGACAGUAGCUAGGCCAGAGUUCUGAAUUUUAUACCUUUUAGCUGAUCUUCAUUGCAACUUACCAAUUUUUUAAAGCUCCUUUCUUUAGAAUAAAAGUAAUUUAAAAAAAAUACUAUUUAGCAGCCAGUUUUAAUUUGCCUUAAAAUGCUUUUGAGCAGUUUACUUACCAGCCUUCAGAUUUACAAGCUAUUUCAUUGUUGCAGUUUUAAUUUACCAAUAGCUUAUUUUAAAGAUUUCCUAUAUCUCACAACAUCUCCUUGUGUAAAGUUGCUGUUUUUGAAAUUGCAGACUUUAGUUCUCAGGCUAACAAAAUGUUUAUAGCUGUUAAUGUUUGCUGGCAUUAAUAAAAGGCUGAAAGAUAUUUUGCCUUUUGUAUGUACAUAGAUAUAUAUAAAUAUGACAAAAUGCUUUUCCAUGUUAAUUGCAGUUUUGUGUAUUGUGAUGCAUUGUCGUUCGGUUUGCUGCAGCUUUGACUUGGUAUCCUGACCAUAUCAGUGGUACAUGGGUUGUUCCGUCUGCCCCAAAGAAAUCAUAACUGGCUGAAUAAGCAAAAUAUCACUCAUCAUCUAGAGAAUCAGAAAAAGAACUCCGGUGAGAUUUUGGGGGUGGCAGGAACUCUCAAGCUAUAAUUCCUGUAAGAAUAGCUAAACAUGUCUAUUAUUAGAUAUUGAAAUGAUUUACUAGAAUGGGUUGCUGGAGCAUACUGGUUUUGGGGUGUUUUU